AAUUUUUGUUUGGACUUUGUAACAUCUUUUUUUCUUGAAUCCACUCACAGCUAGAAAGAUGAGUGUGCUGUCUUGAUAUUUUCCUGGGUAUAAUUUCUUUCUACUUGAAUACUUCUUUUUUUUUUUAAUCUUUGGUUACAUUUUGCUGAACUAUUACUUGAUCGAAAGGUUUACCUGCUUUUGUUUUUUGUUUUUGCUUUCCAAAUAGUUCUUUGUUCAUUGAGUCAGGUUCCUUGAUCCCUCUCAUUCCUAUACUUCCUUGGAAAGAACAGUGUAGCAUAUGGUUCUCUGUAGAAAGAAGAAGGAUCUGUUUAGCUUGUUUUUGGCAUUUAAUUGUUACAUCUCCUAGUUUAGUUCAGGUAGAUGAGUGCUCCAGGCACUUGGAUUACAAGUCAAGGCAACUUCUAUUGAACUGCUAAAGAUCUGGCAUUUUUGAUGCAAUAAGAGCUAGCUCAUCAUGAUAUGUACAUCAGUGGAUUGGAAAACUACAAUGGUAGGAUGAUCAAUCAAUACCACCUCUCAGACACAAAGAUCAUAUCUAGCAGGACAAAAAGUGCACAUAGUCUACCUGGGCCACAGCCAUGGCCAAGAUCCUCUCCUCACCACCAAGCUCCAUGUCAAACUUCUCUCCAGUGUCUUCUCCAGGCAAGAAGAAGCAGAGGAAGCCAUGGUGUACAGCUACAGGCAUGGCUUCUCUGGUUUUGCAGCGAUGCUCAACUCAACACAAGCCUCCACCUUGGCGAGUUUCCAAGGGGUGAUAUCUGUGUUCAGGAGCAAGUUGCUGCAGCUGCACACGACGAGGAGCUGGGAUUUCAUGGGUCUCAGCUUGAACAUUCAGCAAAGGAUUCCAUGGCAGUUGGAUUACGGCGAUGACAUCGUAGUUGGCAUCUUCGAUACUGGCAUAUGGCCUGAAUCCGAAUCCUUCAAGGAGGAGCCCGGAAUGCCGCCGGUGCCGCAGUCAUGGCGCGGCACCUGCGUAAAGGGCGACAAAUUUGAACCGAAGAAGGCAUGCAAUCGUAAGCUUGUCGGUGCCAGAUACUACCUCAAUGGCUUCGAGCGUGAGUUCGGGCCGCUGGAUACAAGUGGGGACGGCGAGUACCGGUCGCCGCGAGACCGUAUCGGGCACGGGACGCACACGGCGUCCACCGCCGCCGGCUCCACUGCCGCGAACGCCAGCUACUUCGGCCUGGGCCUCGGCGCUGCACGGGGCGGCGCACCCCGGGCACGGCUUGCAGUGUACAAGGUGUGCUGGUUCAAGGACUUUGACGGCAAGUGCACCGAGGCGGACGUGUUGGCAGCCUUCGACGACGCUCUGUGCGACGGAGUUAGUGUGAUCUCAGCCUCGCUGGGUUCUUCGCCGCCAUUGAUGCGAUUCUUUCGGACGAGCACAGACAUCGGGUCGUUCCACGCAGCGCAGGUGGGAGUCACGGUGGUCUUCUCCGCCGGGAACGAUGGCCCGGAGCCAUCACUCGUGCAGAAUGUGUCGCCAUGGAGCAUCUGCGUCGCCGCUGGAACCAUGGAUCGAACGUUUCCAACACAGAUCCUUCUGGGGAACAACCUCUCCUUCAUGGGUGAAGGCUUUGUCAGAAAGGAAAUGAAGAUGAAGUUAGUCGACAGUAUCAAAUUCUUUGAUGAUGGAUCAUGUUCCUUUGACAAAUGGAACCACAAGCUUGCCACAGGGAAGAUUGUUCUUUGCUUCUCCUCAAUAGGGCAGGUGUCCAGCACAACCGCAGCCCUAUCGGUCUUGACAGCCAAUGGAUCUGGCAUCAUCUUUGCCCAGACCACAACGGAGCAAGCAGCUACAGAUGACUACCUUCCAUCUGUUCAAGUUGAUCUCAGUCAAGCUACUCAAAUCCUCUACUACAUACAGUCAUCCAAGGAUCCCACAGUACGUGUUCUUCCCAGCAGAACAAGUAUCGGCUGCUCACCGGCUCCUUCUGUUGCAUACUUCUCAUCGAGAGGACCAAAUUCUGCCACUCCAAACAUCCUCAAGCCUGACAUCACUGCUCCUGGGGUGAAUGUACUAGCGGCGUGGUCUCCGAAAUCUUCACCCACUCUGCUGCCAUUCGAUGAGCGAUCUGUGAAGUGGAACUUCAACUCCGGGACUUCCAUGUCGUGCCCCCACGUCUCAGGCAUUGCAGCCCUCAUCAAGUCGGUUCACCCCACCUGGUCCCCUGCAAUGAUCAAGUCCGCUUUGAUGACCACAGCUUAUGCGAGGGAUACGAGCUCAGAUAGUAUAUUAGCAGGAGGAACUCUGAAGCCGACGGAUGCCUUCGACAUGGGCGCGGGGCACGUAGAUCCCCUGAGGGCAUUGGAUCCAGGGCUGGUGUACGACAUGGGAACUCGAGACUACGUCGUCUUCCUCUGCAGCUUAGGGUACACGCAGGCGCAGAUAAAGUCCAUGCUCCUCCCGUCGCCCGGCGUCGACACCAGCUGCGGCGGCGACGAGUCGGAUCUCGACCUGAACUACCCGGCCAUCACGGUGUCGGAUCUCAGCUGCUCCACGACGAUACGUCGAACGCUUCGCAACGUGGGUAGGAUUAAGAACGCAGUCUACUUCGCGAGCGUCAGGAGUCCUCAGGGAGUGCAUGCCGUGGUGUGGCCGAGGCUACUGCUGUUCUCGAGGAGGAAGGAGAGGAUUACGUACUACGUGACGAUGAUCCCUUUGAAGAGGUCGCAGGGGCGAUAUGACUUCGGGGAGAUUGUGUGGUGUGACGGCCAUCAUCGCGUGAGGACUCCAUUGAUUGUGCAUGUCAAUACUACGAAGGAUGGAGGGAGCAGCAGCAGCAGCAGCAGCAGCUCCUCAUUGGGAGGUCUCCAAGUUGCAUGACUGGAGCAGCAGCAGCAGCAGCUUUUUAUCUUCUUCUUGCUAUCACCUUGAGAUUGUGGUAGGAUUUCCAGGAACUUUGACUGCUAGCUUGUUGGAGUAGUUCUUAGUUGUGAUGAAGGAGCUCAGAGGAGCUUUUCUUAUCCCAAUAAAUUUGUUAGCUUUCUUUUUCAAA